ACUGUCGCCAGGGAAACCCCGUGGCGUGGUUGUGUGUCAGUUUCGCUGGGACCCGCGGUCGAUGCCGGUGAGGAGGAGGGGGAUGGGCGCCUCUGCGAACGUAAGGACCCGAGACAGAAUCAGAGCCCUGUAUCACAUACAGCAGCAUAUACCCCAUUAAAAAUAGCGACUGUAUAUAUAUAUAUAUAUAAUACACUAAAAAACAUUAUCCACCGGGGAUCUAUAAUAGACAUUCAAUGGAUGCAGUGCACCUGAACAGGACAGGGGAUUUAACUUUCCGCCUAUGCGUGGGAGACACUGAGAAGUUUGAGUCCUACCCCUGGAGAGGGAGCUACUUUUAAGGGCAAAGGAUACAGGAGACUCCGAGGCCUACCUUUAGGCCUACUGGUCUGGUUGGAUUUGAUGUUGGGAUACUCUAAGGACCUCACAUUGUACAUGCAUUUGCCUCGUUUGCUGAAGUUUGGAAUGCCUCUUUAGGCCCCCCAUGACCGUGAGCCGUGGGCUACGGCUCGGCGGUGCCCCACCUUUGGAGUGGUCUGUUGCUGUAAUUGGGACCCUGUGAUUCCUCACCUCUCCUCCUCCCCUCCCUCCCCCAUCCCAUCCUCUCCCUCCCCUUUCCCCUCUUCCCCCCCUCCCACGCGUCGCUGUGCUGGACGUCAUGAGCAUAGUAAUCGCGCUGGGAGUCACCACACCUGAAACGUCUUACUCAGAUAUGGCUGCUGGAUCAGACCCUGAGUCAGUUGAAGCAAGCCCUGCCGUGAAUGAAAAAAACUACAACAACCACAGCUGUGGGAGUGCACAGAGUCAUGGGUAUCGGGGACUACCAUAUGCUAUGCAACAGUCUUCCGUUGUGUGUUGUCAGGAUCACAACUAUGGCGCGCCCCCUCCCCCCACCCCACCCGCCUCCCCACUCUCCCAAACCAUCAUUCCCCGUAUGGAUCUCAACGGCGUGGUACGUGGCUCCCGCUAUCAUGAAACUACUGAGGACAACUCAGCCGACAGCGACAGCUCAUCAGAGGAAGACGGGGCUGUGGCCAGCUGGUGUCACUGCAGCCUGACUUCGGAUGACCUGCUCAUCAAAUGUGACAACUGCAGGAGGAAAGGAGCAGAAGGCCAACACAGAAAAUCAGAAAAUGUCUCAGCUGGAGAGAGCAGUGCCACUGAGAGUGGUGACGAAGAGGUCGAGCCCUCCACCAUCUCUUACACUGCCACCCAGCAUACGCCCACCAGCAUCAAACUCACUGUCAACCGGGUCAAAAGGAGCAAAUCCAAAAAGAGAAAGAAGAGCACAGAGAAGGCCCGUGGAACGCCAAAGGGCAAGAAGGUCAAGGUAUGCAAACUCUUGCAAGCAGAGUGUACUAAAGCUUUCAGAGAGGGUUCUAGGAAGUCUAUGAGGAUGAAGAACUCAACAACAGAAGUUAGCGUGUUGGAUGAGAACACAUCAGAGGGAUGGGAGAGCAGGAUCCGCCAGUGGACGGACCAGUAUGAGGAGGCUCUGGCCAACCAGUACAGCGCUGAUGUCCAGACCCUCCUCCAGGUCCACCGCACUGCCAGCACCACUGUCUCAAAGGCAGAGGGCGACACUGCAACACCCCCUUCUACUACACAGAUCCACGCCUCAGGUGAUGCCAUGGACACCAUCAACCGCACUGAGCUGACCUGUAACAACACAGUGCUCGGCUCACAGAUGCAGCUACAGUUGGGGCGGGUUACACGGGUGCAGAAACACAGGAAGAUCCUCCGUGCAGCCAAGAACCUGGAACCAGACACACUCAUCAUUGAAUAUCGGGGAAAGGUCAUGCUCAAACAACAGUUUGAAGUAAAUGGCCAUUUCUUCAAAAAACCCUACCCAUUUGUGCUGUUCUACUCAAAGUUUAAUGAUGUAGAAAUGUGUGUUGAUGCAAGGACCUUUGGAAACGACGCUCGCUUCAUCAGGAGGUCCUGUACACCCAAUGCUGAGGUAAGGCAUAUGAUUGCUGAGGGCAUGAUCCAUCUGUGUAUCUACGCCAUCAGUCAAAUCACAAAGGACGCUGAGGUCACCAUUGGAUUUGACUAUGAGUUCAAUAGCUGUAAUUACAAAGUGGACUGUGCCUGCCAUAAGGGAAACCAGAACUGCCCGGUGCAGAAGCACAACCUGAGGCCCAUGGAGAGCUUCCCCAUUACCACCUCACUGCCACCUUCCUCCCCUCUGGUUGGUGCCGAGACCCGACGGAGAAAAGCCAGAAGGAGAGAGCUGGAGAGCUAUGUUGCCGAUGACAGCAACCAGAUCCUGGACCAGGAGGCCAAAGAAAUGCAGGGGAACAGUGACUUAGAGGAGAGACUGCUGGAUGAGUUGAAGGUGGAAGAUGGAGAGGAAGGAGAGGUGGAUGAAAAUGGGGUCGCCAUCUAUAGUAAAAGAACACAUAAUAGCCUGGAAAGGAGGCGAAAGAGAGUGGGAGGAGCAGAGGUGAAGGAGGAGGGUGUGGAAAGUGAGUUCGGGGCAGGAAACCCUGCUGGUAACAAUCCAAUACCCCAUAACACUGGAGUGGGGAUCAGCACACGACGCACCACCUAUGUCAUGGAAGUGCCAUCUAUUGAAGAAAAGAUCUUAUUACCCAAUCUGCCUGCCCCAGUUGCUCCCCCUAAACCUGCUAGACCUACCAAGCCUCGACCCAAAAGUCGGAUCUCUCGCUACCGGUCAAGUUCAUCCCAGCGUGCCCGGCGUCAGCGCCAAGCCCUUGCCCAGCAAGCAGCAGCAGCUGCUGCUGCAGCCAUGGCAGCAGCACCAUCAUCAGCUGAUCAGGGUGCUUCUCUGGACGAGGAGGGACCUCAGGGCCCAUAUGGUGCUGAACAUGGCCAUGGAGAGAGAGGUCUGGGGGGUCAUCUCCUAGAUGGAGAUGGCCAGGGUUUAAACUGCAUAAAUAGAGGCAACUUGCGCUACCCCAAGACUAAGAAGUACCUGGUGACAGAGUGGUUGAAUGACAAGGUCCCUGGAGGGGAGAAGGUCCACCAAGAGGUGCCUGUUGAGCGCCCACUACGGAUAACCACUGACCCCACGGUGCUGGCCACCACCCUCAACAUGCUGCCAGGCCUCUCCCACUCAUCCCUCAUCUGCACCACACCCAGACACUACGUCCGCUUUGGCUCCCCUUUCAACCCCGAGAGACGCCGGCCCCGCCCGCUCCAAAUAGACGGGACUUAUGGCUGCUACAAGAAGAGAUGGAUAAAGCAGGCGGAGGAUGAAAGCUGUUCAGCCAGUGUGGAGGAUGGCACAGAGUCCACCUCUUCCCAGCAAAGUACCAGUAGCAGAUCCACCCCCAACCCCCUGUCCAACGUUUUUAAAAUCACAGAACUCAACGCACCAUUUAAGAAGCGCCGCUCCAAGUAUAUGUUAGAGACGAUAACAGCACCCUCGGACCACCUGCUUCACCCGCUGUCACCAAUCACACCACCUCUCCCAGAGGACUCCCUCCAUCCGCCGUUCCACGCCCCAAGCAGUUCCCUGCUGCCCAACGGCCUGGCCUACUCACCCAUGCCCUCACUGCCUGCCAGCCGUUGCAACACACCGCUGCAAUUUGAAAACAUAUCAUCCCCUGAGGCGUCUCCUGUUCACAGGCCAGAGUCCAUCUCUCCUGAGCCAUGUCUUCAGACAGACUUUGACAUCCCUCGGCCCCAGUUCCCCGACCUGUCACUUUCCUCCAGCUUGGAGAGCCCUGUGGCUGUGACCUCAGAUGACUUUUCCCUUCCUGGAGGCCCUUCAGGCCACGAUUCCCAGGGCCCAUCAUCCGUAGGGACCAGUUCCCUUAACCCAGUGUCCUGUCCUUCCUCAGACCUAACCUCCCAAAACAGGGAGCAGGCUUUCAGGACAGAGUUUAACCUCAUAUACACCUGCUCGCCACUCAACGCAAACCUGGGGAACCCUGUGGCCAUGGACCGCCACCUCUCCCAGUCAGAAGGUGGCUUUUCCCCAGCAGAGUCCUUUCACAGUUCCGUAAGCGGCCAGGGGCUGCUGGGAGAUGUGGGCCCUGGCUCCAUGUCACCAUACGGCGAGCUUCAUUAUGGGGGAAGCUACCCAGAUAGUUGCACACCUCCUCAUACCAGCAACCCACCACAAAAGAAGAAGAGGGCCAACCAGCAUACCAUUAGUCUGCUGACAGGGAAGCCAGAUUACCAGGCUAUAGCUGUAAGAAGUGAAUACAAGCCAGUACAAAAUAUGGUGUCUUUGCUGGAGUACCGCAAGAGGAAGCAGGGCAGCAGCCGUGACUCAGACCUAGCCGGCAGCAGCUCUUCUCUGGGUGGUACCCCCACCAGGCCUGGCUCCCACUACAGCCAGGACUCCCAUCAUCCCCAUUGCCAUCAGCAGAUGCAGCCCCCGGCCUCCCAACACAGCUCCUACUCUUCCUCAGCACACACUUUCUCCAUCCCACAAAUAGAUGAGGUCAAUCCUCCAGACCACCAGGGCUCUUCAGUGCAGUCCAGACGCCAGGACAGCAACAACCAGUGGAUGGUCCCCACUACUGUUGAACGUCUAAGGGAAGGUCAGGGGGUCCUGGAGCGAGUGCUAAGAAGCAUCAAGAUGGAGCGGAUUCACAAGAGGAGUGAUGGCUCUACAGAGAAGGAAUCUGAUGCAGAUCGAUAUGAGAUGCAGGCAGCGUCAAUGGCUUCUCCCAUGAAGAGCCCACACGGAUAUAGUCCCUCUGUGUACUCACACCAGUCAUCAGAAAGCCACCGGCAGACCGACAGCCCGUCGUUCCUCCAGCAAACCUCCAACUCUCCAUUCCGGGGUUCCUACAGUCCCUCAUCAGGCCAUAGCUUUUACCCACGCCUCUCCACCUCUCACCCUGAAGUGUUGCAGGACCACCCUCCAUCCUCCUACCCCGGUGGCACCCCCACCCCCACCUCCUCCUCAGACUCCAGGCCGCCAGCGUGCUCUCUAAACCAGCAAAGUGGCAGCAGUAACUUGGACGGAGAUCUUGGCUACAGCAGCCCCUUAAAAACGAGCCUUUUGAAUAGCAGCAGCCUGGUAGGGACUCCCACCACGGGACACAGGGCCCACGGGCAGACUAAGAUAGACUCGGGCGCCCAGGCCUCCAGAGAGUGUCAGCAGCAGGUGUCUCGCAGCCUGAAGUCCAGCAGCCCAGGCCAGGCGGCGCUGCAGGCCGGCUCCAGGUUGCUGUCGGCCACUGGACCGACACACUACCCACAGCGAGGGACAAGCCUCAGUCAGUUCCAGCACUCCCCCCUUCAGGGACCUGGAGUAAGGACACAGUCAGGAAGCUUUUAGGACAUGUGUGUGUGUGUGUGUGUAAGUGUGUGUAAGUGUGUGUGUAAGUGUGUGAAGCUGCGUUGAAAUGGGGAGCAGGGAGUUUGGGGAGGGGAAAUGUACAGACCUAAGAGGAGCAAGGACUUCUUUAAGAAUUUCUACGUUUCUUUUUUUUCUUUUUUGUUUCUGUCUCUCUCUUUUCAGAAAAAAAAUCAAAUGACCACAUUCUGCACAAAGCCAGUCUUUGACUUUGGACAUCAUUACAGAAUUAGUGGAAAAAGCGAUUGGGAUGACACAUUCUAAAAGAAAAACAAGAAAUCACAUGUAACUUGAAAUUUUACUCAUGUGCCGGACUGUGCAAACAGGCUCUAUAAUGUCGGAAAGUAAAACCUUCCACACAAAUGUCUGUACAAAGUUAUUAAAAGCCGUACCUCUCGCCAUGGUACCCAGGUUGGAUAAAUGCAUAUGUAACUGAAAGCAAGAAUUGUUUUAUUUUUUUAUUUUAUUUUUGUCAAUGUUACUUUUUUGAUUUGGCAAGGGGCCGAGUCUGUGCUGCAGUAAAAAGUGUUUGAUUUGGAAAUGAUGCAAGCAAAGAUGCCAUGUUAAUCAUCCGUUCUAAAGAUGAAUUAGAGAGGUGGGGAGGAGGGGUUCUCCCUGGAUAGGAUCAUUCCAUGUGAUUGCCAGCUUCCGUGUUCUCUCACUAAACAUGACAACAGCCCUUUUCUCUCGAGGUUCUCCGUUGGUUCCAAUGUUCCGUUUUGUUUUGUUUUCUGUUCUCUCAUCCCCACUGAACUGUUUUGAUUUCACAUUAGGACUACUUCGCUGUAAACCUCUGAUAUUGUACUUGAGACAGACAAGUCUUAUGAUUCAUGGUGCUGCAUUCUUGUUUUUCCAAUAAAUUUGAAAUCCAGUUAUGUUCCCCACAUAUGGCUGCAUUCAUCUUGUCAUAUCAGUUAUAAAUAAGUUUUUAUUUUUCUCCAAAUUCAUAUUAAUCAUAUAUAUAAUAUUAUAGUGAUGGGAUGCAGGAACAAAAUAAGAGGAGAAUAAUCCAACUUUAAUUCUGAGUAAAAAUGUUGGGUUUGAAUGUUUUUUUCCUGCAGAAUUUCUUUAAAUAUAUAUGUAUGUUUUUGUUUUGUUUUUUUACCAAUCCUUGCAUUCCAUAUGACACCACAAUAAAACCAGGAAAGGGAUCUCUGAAGGAGUGUUUGGAUUGUUUAUAAAAACCUAGAUUAAAAAAAGCUGCUAUAUUCUCCUGUGAGAGCUGCUUCUUUUUCCACAGAAUGCUGUAUUUUUAUUUUUCCUCAAAAACUUGACUUGUAAGAAAGAUGUUCUGGCCACCUCAAACCUACGUUUAGCUGACAACUGGGCGGCAGCAGGAGUCGCCUUCUCCUCCCUCUGAGACUUUUAUUCUGACCGGCUGUUUGUGUGGAAGACUUCAAGGACCGAGGGCCCGGUCAUGAGACUGGACCCCACCCAUCACUACACCCACUGCCCCUUCCCCCCCCCCCUGUCCAUUAACACACAUAAAGGUACUCAUGUUACAUGAAUGUUUGACAGAUUGAAAACAUAAAGUUGUGACCCAAAAUUAACCAGCACCUUAAAAUGUAAGAAGUAAAGCCUAAAAGAAAAUCUAGGACAAUAUGUAUGAUUGUGUACUUGUAUGGAAAGAAAUGUGAUAUAGACUUAUAUGGAGAAAAUGUAGUACACUGAAUUUAUCGCAUGAUUAAUGUUUUCAGGGUCUGAGUGACCAACUUUGUCAGAUGGUUAACCAUUGGGUCUAUUCCUCCAAAAACCAGACACUGCAUUCUCUUUUUGUUUUGUAAAGAUCAUACUGUUGUUUUGUUUUAUUUUUUGCAUAGAUCAUAGUAGUAACUAUUUCAAUUGUUCCCCUCUAAAAGGGUUAAGAAGCAAGAGAUGUAAUGCAUUUUGAUAAUAAAAUAAUCAUGAUGGUAAUGUA